GUAUUAGUAUCCUUUCACAUUUGUUCACUUGCAGGAAGUGGUCCUAUCCAACUAUGGCAGUUUCUCCUUGAGCUUCUCACCGAUAAGACAUUCCAGCACAUCAUUAGCUGGACCGGAGAUGGCUGGGAAUUCAAGCUGUCCGACCCGGACGAGGUCGCGAGACGGUGGGGCAAGCGCAAGAACAAACCCAAGAUGAACUACGAGAAGCUUAGCCGAGGACUGCGCUACUACUAUGACAAGAACAUCAUCCAUAAGACGGCGGGCAAGCGCUACGUCUACCGCUUCGUCUGUGACCUGCAGAGCCUUCUGGGAUACACGCCCGAGGAGCUGCACGAGAUGGUCGGCGUCAACCCCGCACGAGACGAUGACUGAGAAUCCCGCGAUGUGCACCGCGCAAGAAUACCGGACUUGUGUGAAAUUUUGAAGUUGCGUAUUAGACAGAGGACAUGACUGUUGCGUAAAGUUUAUCGCAUUCUAUUUUUGAAAGAAAGUUAUUCAUUGGUAGAGGAUAUAUUCAUGUGGUGAGGAGUGUCGCUUUUCCUCGUGUAGAGACAUUACACAUUUGUUAUUACACAUGUGUUGUAAUCGAACUCGUGAAAUUCGUGAAAUUCCGCCAUAGUCCUCUAAAUUUGUACGUACAUCUCUUCAGAAAUUUAAUUAGCAGCAGUGCAAUUUGAAUAAUUCAGAAGCAUGCACUUUUUUUUUAUCUGUAUAGGUUGAGAGUUUGCAGAAUGUUAGAUAAAGUAGCAUUCGAAUCUGCCAUUAAAUUCGUCCAAGUAUGUCUUUUAUGCCUUAAUUUUCAAGCUAUUGAGAAGGAUUUUAAAUGAAAUGAAAUUUUGACAAUUUUUAAUCCUUUUAUGGGGUUAAAGCCUACAAAACUGUACUUAAUCGUGUAUAAAUUUAAUGCUUACAUGUUGCAUGCUUUUUCAUAUUUUUGUGAAGAAAAAAAAACUUUGAUAUGUCAUCUGGAAUGACAUUUUGGAAUCCAACCAGUUCUCUCCUUUUUAAAGUGAAAAUGUACUAUUAUAGUUAUUAAAGUCCUACGCAUUUCCUGUAGUUUUAAAAUAGUAGAUGAAAAAGAGAACCAACAACUUAUUUUUCUCAUGCGAAAAUGUCUGAAAGUGCUUUUUGAAGAUGAGUCAUGUUUAUACCUACUUCAGUUUUUAUUCCACUUGCAAGAACAUUCAUGUGACCAAACUUUUGUUAUUGCUUGCUGACUGAACGAAUGAAUAUUAUGACCAGGCUGAAUUAGGUGGCGUGAGACAAGGUUCGUUCCUUGAAAGCCAGCAACUUGCAAUAUAUGAUUUAAUUCAAACCUUUUGAUUUACAUUCGUUAGAAGUACAUUCCAAAGUCGUCUGCAUUGUACCAUUGGUGCGCCUUGUAUAAAAACAUACCAGAUGAAAGGGGGAAAACUAAAAAUUCAGUCGCCUUUGUUGUAAAAUAAGCUUUUUGACACACUAGAAGAAAAUGAUUGUAUUUUUCACAAUUUUUGUAAGUAUUGUUUAUAUUUCUGUUUCUACACACAGACCGUAGAUGGUCAAAGAUGAUGAAUAUUUUGCUUUGAGUUUUAUAGUGGUGUUUUAUAGUGCUUGCACUGUUUUUCACCCGUUUCAAUUAUUUUUUUCUGACUGUGAAAAGUCCUUUUAUGUCCUUUUAUUUUAAGGCAAAACAGAAGUAAUGUUAUCUCAAUAUGUUGUUUCUGUAAUACCUGAAAAUGCUUUAAAAAUAUGAACUUCAUUUCAAAUACCCUGACUUAUUCAUCCUCCAAUAUUACAUACGAUGGAAGCUGAAGAACUCGCCUGUUCUGUCUAUUAAAGAUAACGAGGUAUACAUAAUUGUUUAAAAGAGAAGAUUUUGUGUUUUUCUUAAUAUAUUGAAACCAAAGUAAACUACAUGGAUACCACACUAUGCACACAAGUGUUAUGUUAAGUCUCGGUAACAUGUUAUUUAUAUUUUUAUUUUUUAGAGGAUUGAGUUAGAUUGGUUAAUAUGCCUUGAUCAAUUGUUUUUGUUUUUGUGUUUCCUUCUCACGUUUCUGUAAACGUCAAUGUGUUCACAGACGUGGACGGUGAAAAAAAUAAAUUGUGAAAUGUCGACGUAAA